GAUCAAUUAUGUAUGCUCAUUCUCAGUUCAUUUUUAGUCGGAUAACUAAGGAAAGAACAAUUUCAAUAAAGAAAGUUAGUUCCCCUCAAUACUUAAACAAGUUCUUGGUAUUAAAAUCAAAGCACAACCAAAGGUUUUGUAAACACGAUUUUUGGAGCUGUGUAGCAUUUCUAAGAACCCUGAGAGACUCGGGGCAAAAUUAAAAGAAAGCCCGUUUGGGUUCUACAUUUUCGUAUCAUAUAAGCUUCGACGAUCCAGUCACGUGGCUUUACCCACGAAACCUUUCAAUCGCACAAAGAUCCCGAAUUCUACUUGUUGCAAUUAUAACUUGGGGAAUUCAUCGUUAAGAGACUUAUCCGACUUUUUGAAGCCGAUUUCCCUGCUAUUGGUUUAUUGAAGAGAGAGUUUAUUUACAAGAAAAAAUUCUGAAUUUCUUACCCGCUCAGUUUCGUCUUUCAUUUGAUUUCGAGCCAUCUACCGUUGGAGAAUGGAGAUCAGCAGUAGAGUCGGAAAACCCAUGUGCUGAAAAUUGUCUGCUGUAGAAAAAAUAACAAUUCUAAGUCAUCGCAGAUCGCACGAAUCACAAAAUGAAUUUUGAGUAUUGCAAAAUAUUUAUACGUAUGUUCCACAGAUCAGCCGUUAAUGACAAGAUUUCAUCUCAAGCCAGGAUUAUGAUGAAAAUCAUGGGAUCCGACAAAAAUAAAAAGGAACACCGUUUCUUCGUUGAAAAUCAGUCAACAUCUCAUUUGCCUGAUUUUUUAGGGAGAAAGUCUGGUGGAAAUGCUAAAAUAACUGAACGAAGAGUUGCCGUUUUAAAUUCAGUGUUCUUAGAGAAAAUUAGUGACAUUCUGGUUUCCUCUAGACUGGAUCAUGGUGCAACAAAUGUGCAUCAACAUGGCUUUUUUGUGACAAAGGUUAAAGUUCAAAAUGAUGGUUCAGCACUUCAUGUAUACUGGUAUGCAGAUAAAAAUUGUGCAGCUGUAAUAGAAGAGCUUCCAAAAAUGGGGGGUUGGUUAAGACAUGAACUUUCUCAACUCCAUAAUGGACGAGUACCCCACAUCAACUUUAUCUUUGACCGAAGAUUUUAUAAAUCUACCGAUGUAGAAGAUCUCCUUAAAAUAGCAGAUUUUGGACCUGACUAUAACCCAGACAGGACUAGUCGUCCAAGCACAAUUCCAGGAUCUGAGGAGACUCCGAAAGAGCUUAAUAAAAUUUCUGACGUUCUUGGAAUCGACCGAAAUGCCAUAAUGAAUCAAGUUUUGAGAUCGAUGAAUCAUAUUCCCAAGUCGACACCGGUUGAACAGGACAGCAGCAGAAACUUAGUUGACAGUCAACGUCAGGUGGACUUCAAGAAAUACCUCCACGAACAAGAAGUUUUGAAAAUGAAGAUGGAAAGAAGACAAAAUAGAGCAAUGAUGCGCGAGGCAGAAAUGGCCAGUAGGCCUAUUUCUAAAGAGGAGUCCGAUUUGGUCGAUGAGGAAGAAGACGAAGAUUAUAUCGAUCAAGAAAUCGACGACAUUAAAUAAUCUAAAAAUAGUUGAUAACAGUAUGAUUUAUUGUUGACAAAUAUGCGCAUUACAGUGGUGAUUUUGUUCUGAAAUCAUGAAUUAUCGAUUCAAAGAAAAGACGCAUGCUAUCAUCGCCCUAAUUCCAUUUGCAGACACAAUGUGACACAACCUCUCUCGUUAAUCUUCAGGAAUGUAUAGGAUAACAGCGAGAUUUACUGCGUCCCUCAUUCAAAGCUUGUUACGAUAGAGAAACAAAUCUUCCCCAAAAUAUAUGUUGAGAUCCACGUUAAUUUUAUCAACCAUUUUUUUGGGGAAGAGGGAAAAUUAA